AAUGUUUGAAAGAAGCGGACAAUUGUGUCAAUAGUAUAGAAAUGAAGCGAAAUAUGACUUCAAUUAUAGUUCACAUCGAUUUAGACAUGUUUUUCGCCGCCGUUGAGACCAAACUCAAGCCCGAACUUAAAGGCAAACCAAUGGCUGUCGGCAGUGACCAGAUGUUGGCCACUAGUAAUUAUGAGGCGCGAAAAUUUGGGAUCAGACCGGGAAUGCCGGGCGCUUUGGCCAGACGUUUGUGUCCGCAACUGAUUCUAGUGAAACAUAGUUUUGGCAAUUAUCGCAGAGAAAGUGGACACGUGAUGGCAAUUAUCAAAGAAUUUGAUCCCAACCUGUAUUCAAUGAGUUUAGACGAGUGUUUCAUUGAUUUAACUGAUUAUGUGAUAGAUAUGUAUUGCCAGCGAAACGAAAACUUUGACAAACAAUCUCUCAAAAGCUGUAAAGAAUUGCCCAUUUGUUUGUGGGAUUUGGCGGCAGAAGUGGUCUCUAAUAUCAGGCAAAGAAUAUUAGAUGAAACACAAUUGAGUGCCAGCGCUGGCAUCGCAUGCAAUACAUUGAUUGCUAAAGUGUGCUCUGAUGUCAACAAACCUGACGGUCAGCACAUGAUUCGCGGCAAUAAGAAGGAGAUCGAGAAGUUCUUAGAGGACACUCCGAUCCGAAAGGUGAAUGGCAUCGGACCCGUUAGGGNCGUUAGGGCACAGUUCCUGUCGGCUGUUGGUAUCAACACAUGUAAAGAUCUGUAUUACAAUCGCGACAAAAUUCGGUUCGCUUUCAGUCAAUUCAAUGCCGAGUAUUAUCUGAGGGUUGGCUUAGGAAUUGGUCGACAUGUCAUCGAGAGAGACGAAGAGCCGAGAAAAAGCGUUAGUUCCGAACGCACUGUCGCCGAAGUCAGUACUUUUGAAGCCAUUUGUGAUUAUUUCAGUGAAUUGAGUGAAGAGUUGGCCGAAGAUCUGAACUCAAAGAACCAAAGCUGCAAAACGAUUACAAUUAAACUGAAGAAAAUCACUUUUAUAGUGACUCUCAAAUCUCAUUCACUUCCGUACUAUACGUUUGAUUCGGAGACCAUUUUAAAUGUGGCCAAACAUUUAUUGGAUACCGAACUGAAGAGCACUCCAAUCGAGUCACGCAAAUAUCGAUUAAUUGGUCUCAAAGUUUCCAAUUUAAAGUCUAAUGAAACCAAUCGAAAGACCUCUUCGUCGCAAAUGACUUUGUCUCAAAUAUACAGAGCGUUGAAAAGCAAUACAAAUACUGAGAUUAACACUAAUUCUGACAAACAAUCGGCUGAGAAACCGGAAGAAGCAAAACACGAUGAAAGCGAAUCCAACACUUCAGUCAAUGAUAACAAUGAUAGAAAUGAAAGCAAUUUUCACAUCAACCAAAUGUAUGAUUCCUCUCAAUACGAGUGUUCGGUUUGUUUUGAAACAUUUCAACACAAGAAUGUGUUCGAAGACCACGAAAAUGCAUGCAUUGAAGCGAUGCUCGAAAUUUCCACAUCAGAACCCGAUAUAAGCAUCGAUUCCGAGCCAAACACCAGUUCUCACACCGAUUCUAGUCCUCAAACCAAUGAUGAAUCGAAAGAUAUAAACAAUUUGUGUCCCAUUUGUGGCACACAAUUGGUUCUUAAAGACAACGACGAAUUAAACGCUCACAUCGAUGUGUGCCUUAACAAAGACAAGUGCCUCGAGUUAACUCAAGUCCCAUUACAGUCCACGACUCAUAACUCGACUCCUAAACAAAAGCCGUCAAAACGAUUAUAUUCUGACAGCAAAAUGAAUGGCAAACUUAGCCAGAAAUGUGAUCCAAAGAAAACACGAAAACAGUCGUUAAAGUCACAAAUGACUAUCGAUUCCUUCUUUAAUCGGUCCAAAUAA